AUGACACCACCAACACCAAACACCCCACCUGUCUCCGCCACCGCCACCGCAGCCGCCACCGGAUUCCGGUGGAGCUCUCCGGUACCAUACUUAUUCGGAGGCUUGGCCAUGAUGCUAAUCCUUAUAGCUUGUGCAUUGGUCAUCUUAGUAUGUUCAUACAAGAAACCAUUUUCUUCUUCUCAAAAUUCAUCAGAAAACGACACUGAUGAUCACGAAAAGCAAUCCAUGCCCGAAUUUCGUAUGGAAUUGGCCCCCGAAAUGGAGCCAAAGAUUGUCAUAAUCAUGCCCGGUGAUUUGAACCCAACUUACCUUGCUAAACCUGUUCCACCCGCCAACGCCGAUGAGCAAGUUUAGCCAUAUCUAUAGUCCAUUUUACGACCCGUUCCCACACGGCCACACCUAGCCUAUCUUUAAAAUUUUGAUCCUAGCUAGCUAGUUAUACUGAUUCAGCAGGAGUGUGUAAUUUUCGUAGAAUUAAUUUGUUUUAGCUCUGAAUGAUCAUCAUCUUCUUUGUUA